AAUCCUGGACUUGAAGACCGGAACAGUAAAGAAGGAGGGUCAGCAGUCCUCGAUGAGAAUGUGCAUGGGAUCAAGGCGCUCUUUCAUUUGUAGGAUGAGGUGUGGAAACGCUCCUCUUGAUCAUUUACCUCUGAACAGAAUAACCACGAUGAGGAAAAGAUACAGGAAUGGCCUUGGCCCAGUAAAAGAAGGCGAAGCACAAUACGCUGUUGUCCAUUGCACUGGCUAUAUCAAGGCUUGGCCACCAGCAGGAAUGACUAUACCAGAAGAAGACGCUGAUGUGGGACAAGGUAGUAAAUACUGCCUCGUGGCAAUAGGAAGGCUUCAGGUAACCAGCUCUCCAGUGUGCAUGGACAUGAAUGGGAUGUCGGUCCCAACUGAGUUCUUGUCCAGGCACAAUUCGGAUGGAGUCAUCACCUUUGUCGACCCAAGGUGCAUCAGCGUCAUCGGCUACCAGCCCCAGGAUCUUCUGGGGAAAGAUAUCUUAGAGUUCUGCCAUCCUGAAGAUCAAAGCCAUUUGAGGGAGAGUUUCCAACAGGUUGUGAAACUGAAAGGUCAAGUCCUGUCUGUGAUGUAUCGUUUUCGUACCAAAAACCGGGAGUGGAUGCUGAUCAGAACCAGCAGCUUCACUUUCCAGAAUCCUUAUUCCGAUGAGAUUGAAUACAUCAUCUGCACCAACACUAAUGUAAAACAACUUCAGCAACAGCAAGCAGAACUUGAAGUACAUCAAAGAGAUGGGCUGUCAUCCUAUGACUUAUCUCAGGUGCCUGUUCCAAGUAUACCAGCUAACGUUCACGAGGGUGGGAAGUCUGUGGAAAAGCCUGACGCUAUCUUCUCCCAAGAGAGAGAUCCUCGAUUUGCUGAGAUGUUCGCUGGAAUAACUGCUUCAGAUAAAAAAAUGAUGGCCUCAGCAUCCACAGCAGGAAACCAGCAGCUUUACUCGCAGGGAAGCCCAUUUCAGCCAGGACAUUCGGGAAAGACUUUCAGUUCCUCUGUGGUACACGUGCCCGGUGUGAACGACAUCCAGUCGUCUUCAUCGACAGGCCAGAAUCUGACACAGAUAUCUCGCCAGCUGAAUCAGAGUCAGGUUGCCUGGACAGGAAAUCGCCCGCCAUUUCCAGGACAGCAAAUUCCAUCUCAGUCUGGCAAGGCUCAGUCCUCUCCCUUUGGGAUUGGAACAAGUCACACCUACCCAGCCGAUCCCUCGUCGUACAGCCCCCUUUCCAGCCCAGCCACCUCUUCUCCGAGUGGGAAUGCCUACUCCAGCCUAGCAAACCGAAGUGCAGGGUUUGCUGAAGGUGGCCAGAGCAGCGGGCAGUUCCAGGGGAGACCUUCUGAAGUCUGGUCCCAGUGGCAGAGCCAGCAUCACAACCAGCAAAGCGGUGACCAGCACUCGCACCCGCAGCCCAGUCAGACCGAGGUGUUCCAGGACAUGCUGCCGAUGCCGGGGGAUCCAACGCAGGGUACUGGCAAUUACAACAUUGAAGAUUUUGCUGACCUGGGCAUGUUUCCACCUUUUUCUGAGUAGCUUGCGAAGCAGAAAUGGAAGUUCUUCUCCAAGGCCAUUUCAGUGUAAUUUUAGCUCUGCUUUCUCUGUGUUGCAUUUCUGUAGAAGCUACUAAACCAGCAGACACAUUUCUCAUGUUUCAGAUAGUGGUGUAGGGCUUGCUCUCUCCUCCUUGGGGUGCACCAGUGCCAACAGAGGAGCUCCAGCACUUGUUAGUGUUCAUU